AAUGACGACCCUGAAUCCGGAAUAUACUUGAUUUACAGUCAAAGGUUUUCUCGUUUUGUUCAAGCGUGUUUAUGACUUUGAUUUGUUUUUGACAGCAUGGCAGACUUUAGGAACAACAGAAAUGGCAUGGCGAGAACAGAGGAAAUGCUGGACAGUGAGAAUCAGCAAAGAGUUGACAACUUGGCCAGCAAAGUGUCUCGACUGAAGAAUCUUGCCCUGGACAUUGAUGAUGAGGCAGCUGACUCAAACAGAUACUUGGAUAGUAUGGGUGGGGACUAUGAGAGCACCCAGGGGCUGCUGGGAGGGUCCGUCCACCGACUCUCUCACAUGGUGCAGGCCAACCGUGGGAACAGGAAGCUGAUGUGUUACCUCGUGCUGGGACUCGUGCUUCUCUUCUUUCUGACAUACUAUCUCAUCUCUAAAGUAUCCAAGUGACACAGGUUUCAGACAGGGAUAGAAAAAAUAACUCCUGGGUUCAAGAGCAUGAAAUGCUUUUGGGAAACAUUAUAUUCAUUAUCAAUGCCAUGCAGAGUUCCAUGUAGCCCUUUGGUCUUUUUGACAUGGGAUGAAUCAUGGGUUUCCUAUGUGCAAUUAUUAUAAAGGGCACUGUAAAAUGAUUUUAACAAUGCAUUAUUUGUUAACUGAAAUACGGUGAGACCGACUUGUAUCUUGUUUUAUUAUGAGACUAUAUUAUAAUGUUGUUUGUAAGCAUGCUGCUACAUGUAUUGUUUAUUUAUUGAGAGAAAGAAUGAGUGUUAGUUUAAAUGAAGAGUCAAUUAUAUUUUACAUGUAUGACGAUUUGCAUUGCUAGCAGUUUGCUACAUGUACAUGUACAUUGCAAAUGUUGUAAUGAAUCUUAUAAAACAUUUGUGUAUGUGCUCUUUGAUUAAUGCAAUCAUUUUCAGCAGGGUUUGGUAUAAGUGUGAUGAUUUUAUUUUUAAAAAUCUUGUUUUAUAAUUGCUUAUACAUAUAUAUUCAUGUAUGUUGUGUGUAUGAAAAACAUUCUGUAUAAACAUUAUUUCAUGUUUAUUUUUUUAAAUAAAUGGAAUAAAAACAUUAUCUUUAAGACUUGUAACCUGGAUUGCGAUUAAAGAGAGACUAGUACCAACAUUUAUCAAUUAAAAGGAAUUGUUUUCUAUAUUUUUUUUGUUUUAAGGUCAAGAUCUAGUAAAUGUUUCCAGAGUGUCUUUUUAGUGCUAGAACCAUUAUGACGUCAUAAUUGAUUUGUAGCUGCAGGACUUGAUUUGAUGAAUCUUUUUCCUGUACUUUAUGGCUUUAAAGGAAUUAUGUAGAAAAUUAAACAAUUUCUUGAUAUUCUAUUUUAAAUCAUGGGAAAAGUAAUCUUGAUACCUAUAUUCAAUUUUGACAUCAUUUUAAAGGGUAGGUUAAGAGCUUGUUUAAUGCCGUUUUGGGGAAGACUAGGCAUUUUAGAUAUAUUUUAUUUGUCAAAAAUGGACAAACUCCGAAAUUUGUCCCUCAACUCCUUUCUAUUUUAUUGAAAAUGAGUUUAAAACAUGAUUUUUCAUUGUUUUUACCAAACAUCUUAGCCCCGGUACACCCUAUAAAACAAAGCUAUUGUUAUGAAGCAUCAUUGAAAGAAUUUAUAUCUUAAAUUUUAUAAACCUGUAGGCACCUUUCAUUUACUAGAUCUUGACCUUAAUAUGGAUAGUUGUGCAUCUUAACUGUCACCCAUUAAUAUUUUGGGUUUUUUUUUUAUAAAAAUGUGUCGAUAUUUUGUCAAUAUAUUUAGCAGAUAAUAAAAAAAUUAAAAAUGA